UUUACUCCAUCACAACUUCUAUACUUCUCAGAAAAUUCUUGAAUUCCAGUUCUAGUUGUUUCAAAGUGAGAAGAAAAUGAAAAACUCCAUGGUUUAUCUUUUUGUAGGCGUCGCCUUGGCUUUGUAUUCCUCGUUUGCAUAUGCUACUGAUCCAGGCUCCCUACAGGACUUCUGUGUUGCUGCUAAGAAUCCUAAUGCUGCUGUGUUUGUGAACGGAUUAUUCUGCAAAGACCAAAAGCUUGCUGUUGCGGAAGAUUUCUAUCUUGCCAAUUUUAAUAAACCUGGAGAAAUUAAGAGUCCAGUGGGGUCCCUUGUCACACCGGCUAAUGUUGCUCAAAUUGGUGGACUUAACACCCUCGGCAUCUCCAUGGUGCGUAUCGAUUAUGCACCAUAUGGCCUUAACCCACCACAUACACACCCAAGAGCCACCGAGAUUCUAGUGGUUUUGGAAGGUACUCUUGAGGUUGGAUUCGUCACUUCUAACAGUCCGGAUGGUAACAAACUCUUCAAAAAGUUGCUUUACAAGGGAGAUGUGUUUGUCUUCCCAAUCGGACUCAUUCAUUUUCAAUAUAAUGUGGGGAAAACCCCAGCCGUCGCUAUUGCUGCACUAAGUAGCCAAAACCCUGGUGUGAUCACGAUUGCCAAUGCCGUUUUUGGAUCAAAAGCACCUAUUAAUGAUGAUAUUCUCUCAAAGGCUUUCCAGGUUGACAAGAAAGUGGUCGAUUAUCUUCAGUCUCAGUUUUGGAUGGACAACUAGACUGAAUAUGAGUGAAUCGUGAUUGUUUGUACUUAAGAAACAAACUCAACGAAGUACUUAACUAGACAUAGUAUACUGUUUGCAAUCCUGUAUUUGUUAUUGAAAAUGUAUUCAAGUUCAUAAUAUUGUAAUAAAUCCUUCGUUCAUAAUAUUAA